AUCUUUUCUUGGUCGAAGCCCCUUAGCAAAUUUUUAUACAUUUUGAUUAUUCCUCCAAAUAUUCAAACCCGAUUAUAGACUUAUAGUAUCUACAAGGAUGAAGUUGGUGGUUUUUUUCUCGCUCGUGCUCAUGUUUUCAUUGUGUUCUUCGGGGUUUAAAACAGAUAAUGGUGUUACUGUCACUUCUAGUUCUAUCUAUCAACAUUCCUCGGACAAGGUUGAAGAGAGUAGUGAGAGCCUGAUGGACUAUCCAAAAACAGGCCCCAACACACCGGGAGGAAGCCGUUUUCGUCCACCACAUCCUAUGAUGAAGAAAAAGAUUUCCUCAUAAAGAAAUAAUGUUUAAGACGGGAUCAAUUGAUCAUUAUAAUUGUAAUGCGAAAAAUUCUUGGGUUUAGGGGG